AUGCAGUGCCUUCCUGGAACAGCCUUCAUCUCAGAACUCAGGACCUUCCUGGCAUGCCUGAUAGGGACCAAGCACCAUACGACCAUGGUCUACAACCCCGCAGCCAACGGCGUGGUGGAAAGGACCCACCGCUCCCUCAAGGCCUCCCUGAUGGCAUGCUGCACAGGCCUCGACUGGAAGGCACAGCUACUGUGGGUCCUCCUUAACCUCUGCACUGCCCCAAGAGUCAACAGCGACCCAUCACUGGCAGAGAAGGUUUACAGCGAGACCCUGACAGUGCUGGGUGAAUUCUUUCCCCCCGACAGCGACAGCCCCAACAUCCCACUGGCAAGACUCCAGGCAGUCGCCCAGAAAUUCGUUCCCUGCCAAGAGACCUACACCGACAGGAGGAAGCAGUUCCGACUGAGGGCCCUGGACUCCUGCAAGUACGUCUUCAUAUAG